AUGAGUUCAUCUCAAAGGCCUGGCGAUGAUCCUUCUAAUCCUCAUCAAGAUUUGCGUAUUCCAAGUCAAUUUCCAUCAUAUUAUCUAGGUCAAUCUUUACCUUCAACAUCAUUGCACCUUCAAACAUUAUCAGCGCCACCCAUUGCCGCUCAAAUUGCCAGCUUACAUCGUGCAGCAGAAGUUGCAAGAUUUGAAUGGAGAUCUUCACAACAAACAACGAUCACUGAGCUAGUAGUAAUAGGAGCAAGACUACGAAAUUUAAAUGUAGAAGAAGAAGCGGCAACAGCAGUUGCAAGACUACAUCGCUUAAAUGAAGAAGGAGUAGCGAUUGCAGCAGCACGAUCUUAUCAUCUCUUACCGCAAAGUCUCAUUAAUGCGAGGACAGAACAGACACCUCAACGUGCACCUUCAGAACGAAUCUUUUCCUCGUCACUAGAUGCAUAUCUUUCAGCAGCUCGAGAUCUAUCACAACCGAACGAGCAACCGGCAGACGUAGCAGACCUUUUCGAUGCAUACUUGUCAGAAGAUUACGAUAGCGAUGCGACAGAGGAUGAGGUUCUGGCUUCAACACUGCGUCCAACGCAAGAGCGUAGAAGGCAAAGUAACGACCGAAGGACUGAUGGAUUAAGCCCGGAACGUCGCCGAUUUUCACAAUCUGUGUCUCACCUGACAAACGAAUAUGCAGCUGAGAGUCAAGUUUGGGAUCGAAUGGUGGAAGAUCUGGCGAUAGGUGCCGGUGUUGGAGGUCGUGGUCGAAAUACUGCUGGGGGACUAGGUACAAACGCUCACAAUCGCGGUAUCUCUGGAGGCAUCGCCGCUUCAAUGCUCGCACUCUCUGCCGCCAUUCCUCGUCCCGAUGUUAUGGGACCAGCCGGAACAGCGUCAAAUUCAGCAAGAUUAUUACCCCACCCAAUCUGGGCGAGAAGGUAUCCUGGUGCCGCUGGGGAAUGGCUUCGUGGUGAAUUGGCCAGACGUGCAAAUUCUCGUACAAGCACGAAUCAAAAUGGAACAAAUACGACAGCUGUACCGACAAGCGAAGAAACUCGUCGUGCUCGUAACACUGCACUUCGUACUGGAGGUACUUCGAGUCGUCGUGAUUCUCCCAGUACAACCAGAAGAACUUCUCCCUCAGUCAGUCGUCGACCUCCUCCGCCUGAUUUUGAUGCGCCUUCUGAGAAUCAAACGACAGAUGCGUUUGAUGACAUCUUCUCCAAUCCACGUACGCGUGAUCGUGCAUCCACUCGAUUACCUAUAGCACCACCUCCUGCUUCUAGUACGUCACCAUGGAAUGCUUUGCAAAUCCCGUCUCUUGAUCCAAGCAAUCGAGCUAGCGUACGAUCGAAUCUUUCAACAGGAUCGGCGGCUAUAGGCACAGGCGCACCACAAAAUGAACAGAAUGAAGGUGCUCUGACUGUGCCCUCAAAUGCAGCUGCUUUAGCCCCAACGCCUCCGCCCGGUCUUGCGAGGGAAGGUGGGAAUGCUGACAGUACAGCAAACGUCAAUCAGGCUCCUACUCCUCGUAGCGAAGCUGCCGAAAGGGUUGCACGUAUGGCACAGAGGAUGCGCGAGAGGAACGCACAAAACCAAUCAGAACCUGCUUCAAGCGCAAAUGAUCGAUCUUCAAGAGCAGUUCGUGGUGGAAUGGAGUACAUUAGAAGACUUCGGGCAUUGGAUGGCUUGGAGACAGAAGAUGGUGUGAACAAUGCAAACACUCCACCAAGACGCUUUGAAGAUCCUCCAAGUCCUGUUCGACCAUCACAAGUGUUUCCAUGGUAUUCGCCAACGGUAGAUGAUGACUUAGCACAGCAAAUGUCUUCCUUACAAAUUGCAUCCAAUAUGGAUGAAGAUGAACAUGAUCCAAAUGGCACUUCCAGUGACUGGUAUCAAAUGGCAAGAGCACGAAUGGCAGCAAUGAACGCUACACCCUCUGGUUCUAAUCCAUAUGACGAUCCUAAUGGGGAAAUGGUGGAAGAUGUUGGAGAAGCACCUUUGCGUGUCCGAAGAAGAGUUGUGACCGGUGCUAAUGCUGGUGUCACUCAACGUCAAAGGAAUCGAUCUGCCCGUGUGAUUGCAGAUGAAGAAAGUAAUUUCACUGCUUCAAGCGAUACAUUGCAAAAUAGUCAAAAUGUUGAAGCAGGUGGCGAGCUUUGGAAUGUCGUUGAUGGCUGGACCGUCAUCGAUCCACGUCCUACUAGUCCAGUUCGCCGUACUCGCGAUGAAGGAAGUGAGAACGUGACAACAUGGUUCCGUGGCCCAUCAUUUUCUGCCAGUCCUGGUCUUAUCGAUCAUGCUACUCAGAAUGCCGAAACGACGCAAAGUCGACCUAAUCCUUUUGAUCCGCGCAUCACACGUCCGCUUACGCGAGAUGUAAGUUUGAGCUCAGACGAUCUUGCUCGUAUGUUAGAGGAGGUUCGAGGUGCGAACGGUCAACGUCGAAGACCAUCAGUUGAAGUUGAAACAGAAGGACAAGAUAAUCGUCAAGCGAGUAGUACGCCUUCUGCGCCCGUUCGACGAGCAGAAUUUGCUUCCGGCAGAUCUGAGGAGCCUCAACGCAGAACAGCAUAUCGUGAAAGUACACCAUCUCCUGAACCGCAAAGGCAAUCUGCCGAAGACAUUCGUUCUAAUGGACUUGCCCGCAAUCAGAGACUAUCCUCCAUUGGUGCACGCUUGGGGGAAGAAUUCAGAUCUAGACAGAGUGAAUUGCGAGAGCGUGAACAACGACUACGGACGGAAGUGGCGCGAAGACGAAUGGAAUUGGAUCAAUUACGUCAACAACAAGGAAGGAUUGGCAGAGUUGUUGAAAGAAGCAGAAGAGAUAGAGACAAUGACCAGCCAGGUGCUGCAGGGUUGUCUUCUCCUUCACAGCAAGACACUUCUGAUACGCAAACCGUCAUUGCAACACCUAUGCCACAAGCAACGUCUGGCUCAUCACUCGUGCGAAGACGAACUGUACGUGAUGCUGCACCAAAUCUCCGUACGUUUAGGCGAUCUGAGAAUAGACGAUUGAGCUCAAGCAAUGUCUUCAACGAGUCUGUAAAUCGACAACUGACCCUCAACACGCUACAAGUAAUCAGAUCGUUACAACAGGUACAGAAUCAAUCUGGAUUCAACUACCGCCGCAGAAGGACAAGAUCCCAUUCGUCACUCUUGAGGGCUCCUUUACCAAACCAAGAUCGACUUUCAUUUGAUGACAAUGUGAUUGUGCAAUCCAGAAGUCUGGAGACUGUAUUGGCCACAACACCUUCUGUAUCAUUGGAUGAUGCUGAUACGAUCGGGACAGCAGGUCUAGCCCUGAUCGCUCUUGUCGAUGCCCUUGCUACACCUUUCAGUAUUGGACGGGCAGCAAGAUUUGCAGGCAUGGCAGAGAACAUCAUCACACAACGCACUCUACCUUCCACUUUUGAAGAUACGAGUUUCCCAUUACGAUUUGCUUUGAUUGGCUCUCAUCACAACAAAGAUGAAUCAUCAAAGGAGGCUGGCAAUGAACCGAGCAGCAGCAGCAACAGUAACAGAUUAUCCAACGUCAUGUCCAAUGACGAGAGCACUUGCUCGGUUGAAGCUUCUGGAUUGCACAUCAAUCUCAAGUUCUUAGCAGCCACAAACGGAAUGGCGCAUCAAUUGCGUAUGGCUGAACAAAGCAAGGACGCACGCCAGGAAGCAGAUGAAGUUGAUCAUGAAUCAUUUGCACGUGCGAUCGUUUCAAGGGGCAAUCAAUCACACUCGCUGGGACGAGAAGAGCAGGAGUUGGUAUACAGAUGCUUGAAGGAGGCAAAGAAAGACCUCAAUGUAGAUUUUAUGACUCCUGAAGAGCUAUUUAUCAACGGUGGCGAAACUGUAAAAGAACUAUUGGAAAAGAGAAAGAUCACCCUUUACAGAUCGGCUUUGCUUGGAUCGCCCAAAGCUACCAAGAGCACCAACCUGACAGCAUCUAUCCCAACACCAACCUUCUGUUUGUCUCGCCUGAUCAUCAAGAUUCCACAUCGACACACUCUGUUUGCCAGCAUGAAUGCCACACAAGGAUGGCCAAAUUCGUUUUCAAGUCUUGCUGAGCGUCCACGAUGGAUUGCGUUGAUCUUUGUCAGCUGGACACCAAUCUCUACAACGGAUCUGAACGAGUACGACGGGUAUUCGGAAGAGGACGUACGCAGGCUCGCACGUCGAUACGGAGUGCGUGGACCGGGCUUGUCACCUGGCAAUGAGUACAAUUGGCGAUCUUCAAAGGCGGUUUCUGUUCCGUUUGAAAAUGAUGAAACGCUUGGUGAUCCGUUUGCGAUUGAAAAAGCAGAUGAAAAAGGAAAACAAAAAGAAGGACAAUCAUCUGGACAAAGCACAAAGCCAGCUUUGUUACCGGUUGGAAUGCAACAUUUGCAAUUCAGUCAGACAAUGUUUGAUUUUACACAAUUUGUUUCGGGCGCAAAUAAAGAGCUCGGUUCUGUUCAAGGUAUCUCGGGUAGAUACCUUGCCGUCAAAGUGAUGUUGUCUUCCCGAUUACGUCAAAGGACAUUGAUCGAUGAGCAACCUCCAGAAACGCCCAAAUUGGAAAUUCAAUGGAUUGGAGCACAUGGACAUGCGGGAGCACGAUCAUUUGGUGGGGCAAGUUGGAGAGAUUGA